GUUACGCGGCGUUGUCCAAGAUGGCGGCGGGAGGUUUCUGUUUGUGCUCGCUAGUCAGGUUGCUGUGCUCAUUGUUCAUCCCUGGAUUGUUCCUAAGUGGAGCUUUAUGUCUCUGUUUGGUUGUACUACUGUGGGGAAUACGGCUGUGGCUACAACAAAGGAAAAAUCAGUUGGCCUCAACAGGAAAAGAUGGGAAACAUCAAUUGGUUGUUGCAUUUUUCCAUCCAUAUUGCAAUGCAGGUGGUGGAGGGGAGAGAGUCUUGUGGUGUGCCAUAAGAGCACUGCAGAAAAAGUACAAAGAUGCAAUAUAUGUUGUCUAUACUGGCGAUAAAGAUGUCACUGGAGAACAGAUUGUAGAAAGUGCUUUCAGAAGAUUCAACAUCAAAUUAACUCAUCCUGUGAAGUUUGUGUUUCUAGAAAAACGUUACCUUGUGGAGGCCUCUCUUUACCCCCACUUCACUUUACUGGGUCAAAGCUUAGGGUCUGUGUUUCUUGGUUGGGAAGCUCUUAUGAAGUGUGUCCCUGAUGUUUACAUUGACUCAAUGGGUUAUGCCUUCACAUUGCCUCUGUUUAAGUACUUAGGAGGUUGCCGUGUUGGGUGUUAUGUUCAUUAUCCAACUAUCAGCACUGACAUGCUUUCUAUGGUUAGGAGUCAGAAUGCCAGAUUUAACAAUGCAGCCUUCAUUACAAGGAAUCCCCUUCUCAGCAAACUCAAACUUGUCUAUUACUACUUGUUUGCUUUUGUAUAUGGAUUGGUUGGUUCUCGCAGUGAUGUCAUUAUGGUUAAUUCUUCAUGGACCCUAAAUCACAUCCUUUCCCUCUGGAGAGCUGGCGCUUGCACAAGUGUUGUGUAUCCACCUUGUGAUGUUCAGACAUUCCUGGAUAUUCCAUUACAUGAGGAAAAGAGCACCACAGAAUAUUCCAUUGUCUCUCUAGGACAGUUUAGGCCCGAGAAGGACCAUCCUUUGCAAAUCAGAGCCUUUGCUAAAUUCUUGGAAAAGACAGCUCUGGGGCAGCAGUCCUUGCCAAAGCUCAUCCUGAUUGGAGGCUGUCGUAACCAACAAGAUGAGCAGCGUGUAAACAGACUUAAAAAGCUUUGUGAAGAGCUAGGCAUUGACAAAAAGGUGGAGUUCAAAGUAAACAUUCCAUUUGAGGCGCUAAAGCAGUACCUGGCAGAUGCAAUUAUCGGUCUGCACACCAUGUGGAAUGAGCACUUUGGAAUUGGAAUAGUUGAAUGUAUGGCAGCUGGCACAAUUAUUCUGGCGCACAAUUCUGGUGGCCCCAAACUAGAUAUUGUGGUACCCUAUGAAGGACAUAUUACAGGAUUUCUAGCCGAAAAUGAGGACGAUUAUUCUGAGACCAUGGCUCAGAUCCUUUCUUUGUCUCCUGAAAAGAGGCUGGAAAUCAGACAAAAUGCUCGCCAGUCUGUGAACAGAUUUGCUGACCAAGAGUUUGAAGGGGCGUUCCUAUCGUCUGUGGAGCAGUUAUUUAAAUAAAUGUCAUGUUUGUGUACAUGGAUAAAAAUAACUUUUUAUACAUAUGUCACUUGUAAAUAUUUUUUCUAAUUUAUGCAAUAAAGAGUCCUAUACAUCUAUUAGGACAUCAGCUCUGCGCAUUAAAAGAUUUUUAUUAGGGGAGGGAGGAAACCCCAUUCCAUGAAAAUUAACUUUUUUCCAAUGGACUUACAGGACACUACUAAAGUUUCUAAAUUCCUAAUGUUUUCUCAUGAGUAGUAGAGCUGCAUGUGGAAACUCCUCAUAUUUAGGUUAUUUUAAAGUUAUUGUUUUUUUCUUUUGGAAGACUUCUUGCCUUAAAACAACAGGCAGGGAAAACAGAUUG